AGUUGAGAUCAUAAGACUUGAAAGUGUGCGUUUUAGAGUCAUUUUCUCAUGCGAUUUUGGACAAGUUAACCAUAAAUAUGUCUGAAAGAUCCAAUGCCCUCUUCCCAGGCGUGGCUUUGGUCACUGGCGCCGCAUCGGGUAUUGGACGUCAAGUCGCUAUAUCAUUUGCCAUAGAAGGGUGUCGGAGGCUCGCCCUGUUUGACAAAGACAGCACAGGUCUGAACGAUACCAAGGCGACCAUCAAAACUACGAGCGGAGAUGCAAAUCCAGAUGUGUUCAUCAGACACGUUGAUAACCUUGACACAUAUGAAGUUUCCAGAAACAUGGAACUUGCUAUCAAGCAUUUCGGGCGUAUUGACUAUGCCGUCAACUGUGCUGGAAUAUAUGGUCCGACAAAGCAGAGUCAUGAAGUCACCCCUGAAGAGUUCGAUCAUGUUAUAAAUACCAACUUUCGUGGUCUGUGGCUGUUUGCACGAGAAGAGCUAAAAUAUAUGACCAGUCAAGAUGUUGGAGUUACUCAUGAUGGACGGCCUGGGUUUAGAGGUUCUAUUGUCAAUGUUGGAAGCAACCUCGGCCUCGUGGGGAAACCAAAAACUCCGGUAUAUAGCGCCUCAAAGGCAGCUAUCAUUAGUUUGACGAGAAGUGAUGCUAUCGAUUAUGCCAAAGAUCAGAUUCGUGUUAACUGCGUCUGCCCUGGAGUUAUUGAAACUCCCAUGACGGCUAAUGUUCCGGAAGAUGACCCGGCCGUACAGACUGCCGUCAUGAAAAGAAAAGGGACUCCGCAGGAAGUAGCAGAUGCUGUUUUGUUCUUAUCAAGUCCCAAGGCUUCUUUUAUUCAGGGUGCUGCAUUGUCAGUUGAUGGGGGCUAUACUAUUAGUUAGGGACGUUAAAACAGAUGACAAGAGCACA